AUGGUCGUCCACUCGUACCUCGGCAGCACCGGCAGCUGGGACAACAAGGCGACCCUUGUGAAGGGUGACAUCUCGAUCGUGCCUCCGGCCGUGGGAGCUGUGCCUAUUCCCGCCGUCACUGUCACCGCGGCGCCUGGGGAUGAGGCCGCUCAGAAGGCUGCGAUGGUCGAGCAGGUCCGCCAGCGGACCGGCAUGAACGCGCAGUUCUCCGAGCUGUGUCUCGCGCAGAACGGCUGGGACGUUGAGCGCGCAGUCGUCAACUUCCAGGAGAUCCGUGCCACGAUCCCGCCGGAGGCAUUCCAGUAG